CCCUGUCGCUCCUGCGGCUGAGUUAACGCGGACCCGACCUCAGACGACCUGGUGUCGGCUGUCGGACGGGGUGUCCUUUUGAGAGUAGGAUUUUGCUAUAAAAGAAAUAACCAUAGUGAACCCUCUGAAGUUGUCGAUAUAGAGAAUACCACCACAAGAACGAACCAUGCCUGUGGAAGGAGGGAAAACAGAUAUGGAGAGGAUUGGCCUCUUCAGUGAGAUGGAAUAUGUUACUGUUGGUGAUAAAUAUGUGUCAUCAUUUAAUCGACCUUUUAAUGAGGCUGCAAGCAAAAAUAAACAGAUGCUACCUGGGGGAUCCAAAGAAAUGUCGAAUCUCCAGGCUGGUUAUUUUGAUCCCCAUUUUGUAAGGAUAUUUGAAGGUGAAGGUUAUGUAAGUCUGAACCAAGUGAGGAGGCGGCAUAUGAUGGAAGAAGCCAAAAAAAAUCUAGGCAAAGCCUUCCUCCCUAGUAGUGGAGAUAAAAAGCCAUGUGGUUUAGGAAGCUACUAUGGCACAUUAGGUGGUCCUGUGCCAUUCUUCAGUGCACAGUCAAAACCCAGAGAAAAAUAUGAGGCACCUGGAAAGAAUUUAUACACAAACCCAGGAAAGAAAGGAACUGGAUAUGGCUAUGCAAAUAUUACCAUUGGUAAGCAGUUUUCACACUCUGCUGAUUUCUACAAUGCACCGAAACUAAAUUAUAAGAAGGAAAAUGAAGAACAUCACCGUUUAGUUAAAGGAACACCUUUCAAGUUAAACCUUUACCCAAGGGAAUAUUUUGAUACCAAUCCUUAUUCGUUUGAGAAAACGUUACCACCCAUUAAAAAAACAGAGAAAAAAGAAUUACUUUCACAGCCCUUUAAGCCCUCUUCUCCAGGUAAAAAGGCUGGUGGAAUGAAAGCAGGAACAUUUGACCCUUACCCUUCACAUUCUGCUGACCCUUAUGUGGUUAAAUUGGCAACCCAGAUUUCCAGCAAAGAUGCUAAGAUUUUCCACCCACCAGGUGGACCAAAGAGCAGACCGGUUGAAAGUAUAAUGACUUUGAAUGUCAAAAGGGCACUAAAUAUGAAGAACUACAAGACUGCUUCAGUACAGUCCUAUUAGCAUCUGGAAGACAAAUAGCUUUCUAGGUUGUGACUACCAAUAAUUUAUUAUCGAGUGCUAACUAUUUGCAAAAAACACAAGAUGUGGAACAUAUCUCAAACAUUUAAAAGAUAUCUAAGCCUGAAAUUCUAAUAUUCUUCCUUGUUUUAGUACU